AUGGGAAAUUGUGUAGAGGCCUGUUUACAAAGAGAAAAUACAGAGGAAUUAAGGAUGCAAAAACAAGAAACAGAGGAAAAAACUGGGGAUUUUUCAAAGGAAGAAGAUAUUGGGAUGGAAAAGAGCAAAACUAAUAUGAGAUUGAAAAUAGUUUUGACUAAAGAAGAAUUGGAAUGGCUAUUACUUCACCUUAAAUUCAAAGAAGGGAAAAAUUUGGAGGAUGUUUUGGGAGAAAUUGAAAGAAGCAGAGGCAAAAUUUCUUGUGGAUGGAAACCAUCUUUAGAAAGUAUUACAGAGAGCCCUGAAAUUCCAGAAAUGAUGGAUAGAUCAUAA